CUUCCUGUCCCUGGCGCCCGGCUGCGCAGGUGGCGGCGGGGCGGGGCGCGGGCAGGGGUGCGGCCGCGCUCCUCGCUGGUACCGAGCACUGCACGUCGCGGCGGGCGCACUGCUGGCGGCACGGCUAGUGAGAUCUCAAAGUGGGAUACCAUGGCAUCUAUCUGGCUUGGACUCCGAGGGACUAUCAGAGAUUGUCCAGGCUUCAACCCAUCUGUAGAUGCUCAAGAAAUUAAUAAAGCAAUCAAAGGACUCGGAACUGAUGAGAAAGCACUCAUCGACAUUCUGACGGAGAGGUCGAAUGCACAGCGACAGCUGAUUGUGAAGGAAUAUGAAGCAGCUUAUGAAAAGAGGCUGAAAGAUGACUUGAAGGGUGAUCUCUCUGGUUACUUUGAACAUCUUUUGGUGGCCCUCGUGACACCACCGGCAGUGUUUGAUGCGAAGCAACUGAAGAAGUCCAUGAAGGGCACUGGGACAGAUGAAAACACAUUGAUUGAAAUCUUGACCACCAGGACCAGCAGUCAGUUGAAGGAGAUAUCUCAAGCCUACUACACAGUAUAUAAGAAGAGUCUUGGAGAUGACAUAAGUUCUGAGACGUCUGGUGAUUUCCGGAAAGCUCUGUUAACAUUGGCAGAUGGCCGGAGAGAUGAAAGUCUGAAAGUGGAUGAACAUCUGGCCAAAACAGAUGCCCAGAUUCUCUACGAUGCAGGGGAGAACAAGUGGGGCACAGAUGAAGAUAAAUUCACUGAGAUCCUGUGUUUAAGGAGCUUUCCUCAACUGAAGCGAACAUUUGAUGAAUACAGAAACAUUAGCCAGAAGGAUAUUGAGGACAGCAUAAGAGGAGAAUUAUCUGGGCAUUUUGAAGACUUGUUGCUGGCCAUAGUUCAUUGUGCGAGGAACACACCUGCCUUUUUAGCAGAAAAAUUACACGGGGCGCUGAAGGGUGCUGGAACUGAUGAAUUUACUCUGAAUCGAAUAAUGGUUUCCAGAUCAGAAAUAGACCUCUUGGACAUCCGAGCAGAGUUCAAGAAAAAUUAUGGCUAUUCCCUGUAUUCAGCAAUUGAAUCAGAUACUUCUGGAGACUACGAGGUCACGCUCUUAAAGAUCUGUGGAGGAGACGAUUGAGCCGAGGCCGUAACUCCAGAGCUCACGGCCAUGGGCCUGUCUGAGUUCCACUUCCUUCUUUCUAACUGAACUGAAAAGCACAAUCAAGCACACACAGCAACUGGCCUUCCUAACAGACGUUAUUCUCUGGGAGCAUCUCUUUUUAAGAUAGUAGUUUACAAAUGAAAUUUUUCAAAAGCAAAAUAUCGGUUGAUACUAUCCAAACUAUAUUUCUGCUUAGGAAGUAAAAUUUUUCAUUUGUUUGCUUUUGUAAGUGGUGCUUAGGGCUUCCUCCUGGCCCUGCAUUCGGGAAACACUCCUGGUAGUACUCAGGGGACCAUAAGGGGUAUCUGGAUUGAACUUGGAUCGACUGCAUGCAAGGCAAAUGCCCUACCUGCUGUUCCUUGCUCUCUCUGCAGCCCAGGAAGCAAAAAUCUUUAUACUGCUUUUAAACAGUCACUUCAGCUCAGGAAAAUCAACAUGAUAGAUAUUUGAGACCCUGACUUUAGUGCCCACACUAAAACAAGAAAGCAAGCACAAAAUCCAAUAAAUGCAAAUGAUGAAAAUUGUUGCCUUCAUUAAAAGUAAUUUAUCUCUUUGUUUUUGGCAUCUACCAAUACUAUUUUGUACCUGGCACCAACAACUAAUGAUAGCUUAAAUUGCCUUUUUUACUGUAAAAGCUGUUGCUAUUUUAGUUUAUUCACUACCUUCUGAGUCACAUUCAUCUUUAAGAAAGGAGCAAAAAUGAAGAUAGAAGCAAUCCUGGCCUGCUUGUUUUUGCUGUGACCAAGACAUAAGAGUGGCAAUGCAUAAUAAGUUGCUGCAGCCUUCAAAAACAUCUGCUGAACAAUUAAUCUAACCACUUCCUGUCUAAAUGGCAAACAUUAAUUGUGGUCAUUUUAUGCUAAAUGCUACUUUCCUAGAAUGGCUAUUUAGAAUUAGUCUCUAAGAUUUCCUCUUCCUCUAAAAUAAGUUUCUAAAACAAGUUUCUAAAACUAAGCAUUAAAAAAAAUCCCUCCUGUUAUUUUAGAAGGAAACCAAAUGACAUGUCUUGAGUAAUAUUAAAUAUAUGCGCUAAAAAAUCUCAAUUUGGGGGGAAGUUAUUAGUCUGGACUAAAAUAGAAAUGAUUAAACUAUAAUAGUGCAGUUUUUAAUCAACAUAUUCACUGGAGAACACUUAUGAGACCUUUCAGAAUUAUUUUUAAAAAGUAUUUCUUUUUAAAUAAAGGUAGUUCUUUCUUGCUGUAGGGUCGCCAACAUGCCCUGAGGCCCAUGGGGAUGAAGUUCAGGGAUGUAGAGGUGGGCACAGCUGGUUUCACUUCUUGCCCUACCAUCAUUAAACCUGCUAAGUCAAUUUUUUUUUUCAACAAAAUGAGGAUAAUGAUAGCACAGAUCUAUCUCAGGGAUUUUUAGAAAUCAAAUCAGGUCGUUCCCAUGAAGCACUGAACCUUGAACCUGGACACAGUAAGUGCUCAAUCCAGGUUAUUGUUAUUAUUGUCAAGCAACAUCAGAAUAAUCAUUCUUUAACCUGUUUGCCUACCAUAUACCAAGACCUGUGCUAAAUAAAUAUUGGAUAAUAUUUAUAUAUAUUAAAGGGACUAAAACUCA